AUGCUCCCAUACAAAAUGCCAGAGCAUGAGCCAUUCCACACGGCUCCCUUCAGCAACCCCGACAGGUGGCAGCCAUCACCCUGGUGCCGAAAUUCCCCACCGCCUCCCCCACCACCCUCGUUGCAAGAUCACCAGCAUCCCAGCCAUCACCACUUUCCCUUUUUCUGCAAAGAAGACUCUCAACAAAGCCAUCACCUUUCAACCACCUCCACUGACUCGAUCCACCUGGAGACACUAGGGUAUAAUAGCGGAAUUAAUGACAGUGGGACUACAAAAUGGGAUGCUGAGGACGUGUGUCGCAACUCCCAAACCUCUGGCUCCACAGGAGGCGAUACAUUCUGGUCAUCAACACUUUCGAAAGUGGCUGCCGUAGCUGCCGCAGCCAUGGCCUGUGCUGCAGUUCCUCAGAAGUCCUCCAACGAUAACCGCGUGGAGUUCCAUAACAGCGAAGUUAGUGAGGAGAUAGGAAAACAUGAGUUAAAGGAGUCAUGGAGCAGGGGACAACGGAAACCACAUGGUCGAAGGUGGGCAUCCCGAGGUCACACAACCGGGAGUACCGAAAACAUACUUUCAAAACGUCAGCCGCAAACACCUUUCAUCGACUCUAGUGCAUCACCAUCUGCGAAGAGUGAUACCCCUAUUUCUGUGCCGAUUUCCUAUCCCUCGAACCAACCACCCCAGCCCCAAAACGAUACCUGGGCCAUCACCAGCGAUGCCAAUCUCCAGUGGCCUAAUGUUAGCUCCAUUGAUCCCCUCAAAAACGGCAGCAAUUCAAACAUCUCACAGUGGCUUCCCGAGAACAAUAGUGGUCAGAGGUUCAACUGCGAUAAUCAGUUCGUUAAACCCUUUUCAUAUCCAAGUAAUGAAGUCUUCCGCUCCCUUGGAAUAAGUCCCAGUCUCUCAGAAGAUGCUCUGUAUGUGACGUCAUCGACCAAACACAAUCAGGGCGAGUCCUUCCCCCAGUUCCCCUUCACUACCAGUACUCCCAUUAAAUCAGAACUCCAAACUGAAUUCACACAAGCACACACCUACCUCGAACCCUGUCAGAGACGCUAUCUCGAGCAAACAGAAUGGUCACACAAGCGAAUACCUCCUCCCCUUGGUGGUUACGACUCUGAUUUUAUGAGUGAAAGGAAGCCACUCACUGAAAUGAGUUUGCACCUUGCUCCAUCGCUCCCACAGUGCUCCACUCCAUGCGACUACUUUCUAGAGCCCAGGCAACGGCGAGAAUCCUACGCAGCCUCAGGAACACCACCAAGGAGGGAGUUCUCCCCCCUUCCCAACUACUUUAGCCUUUUCUCGAGUGGUGCAAAAGAGGAAGAUACUCAUUUUGUAGGAGCGCCGAUGAUUUAUUCAUCGGCUGUUGAGUCAGGUGGUUUGGGGACGUUUGUCCAAACCUCGGGUGGACCACAGCUGCAGACCCCGAACAGGCUAGAGCUCCACCAGCAGCAGCAACAGUUCUGUCUUGUGUGCGGAGACAACGCGGCCUGUCAGCAUUACGGAGUGCGGACCUGCGAAGGAUGCAAAGGCUUCUUCAAACGGACCAUCCAAAAGAACGCGCACUACGUAUGUCUACAGACGAAAAAUUGCAUUGUUGAUAAACGACGACGAAAUCGUUGCCAGUACUGCCGAUUCCAGAAGUGCCUCAAAGUUGGAAUGGUGAAGGAAGUUGUCCGUCGAGACAGCCUCAAAGGGCGCCGAGGCAGACUAUCUGCAAAAGCUCGCUGUCCGAUUGACAGUGACGGUGGAAACACCGGCGAUGCAGGACACAAGGCGUUUUCGACGAAUUCGACUUCAGCCCAAGGACAGGCAAUAAUUGCCACCGGAGACAAGGGGGCACAUCAGGGAAUCCUUCCCGGUGGCUAUGGCAGCGGAGGUUCAGGGGGUACAACCAACAACAACAGCACAAGCUCGAUGACUCUCUUGUCUAUGCUGACCAAGGCCUACGAAACGGCUGACUGCACUCUAGAAGCCGCUCACCUAUUCAAACACCCCCCAGGAUCAAACUACCCAGCAAAGGAUCGCGACCAUCAAGAGUUUGACAAGGAAGAAGACACCCUCGUUCAGAUCGCAAUCAGAAAUCUCGGGGAAUCGGUGGAAGUGAUUCGGCAGUAUGCAGAACUGGUGCCCGGUUUCACCUCGCUAACGGAGGCCGACAAGGAAAAGAUAAUACUUCUUCACUCCGCUGAUCUAAUCACCUUCCGGAUGGCUUUCAGAACGGCCAAAGCAGCGGCAGAGCGAAGUCAGCUGAAUGUCAUUCAUGCGCAACCCCCUUCAACAACAAACACCUACUUCCGAUCUACCUCUACUCCUUCUGCACCGACAGUCGUUGGCAGGGCACAGCAACUUCCUGCCUUCCAAACUGCAGAUGGUCCCGCGGCCUGGCAAUCACCUACGGCCCCACCAGACCCCAUGUUCCGACCCUUUUCCCACACCUCCCCACUUCCACCUCCAGGUGGUUGGAAUACCAGCGUCUCAGUGCCUCGCGCGACGGAGUUCGACGGAGAGGAGAGCAACAGUGGGUCCUGGGAAGUAGCUCUUUCUACACCCACCGAACCAGUUUAUAUAUUCGAGAAUGGGUCGGUCAUGACGGAUAACGAGUUGAUUAGAGCAGGUCUAGGACCAUGGAUCAGAGCACUCACUUGGUUCGGGUGGCAGCUAUUGGAACUGGCGAUGGGUGACCAUAGUACGAUUGCUGGUCUAUCAGCACUCGUACUUAUCAACUACCAAGCUCUUUCUGGAAGGUCGGAUUUGGAGAACUCUAGCGAAAUCUACACAGUCCACCACCGAUUUGUUGAAAUGUUGAAGAGUCACUGCUGCUCCCCAACAACCGCGGUCACAAUUCCUUCCAGCUACCCCGGCUGCUACCCACCCGAGGCGGACCCCUCCACAUUGGUCCCCGCAGCUCGGAUCGAUUCCACGUACUUUUCACAGGUAUUCAAGAAGAAGGACACCGUUCACUGGAUUGCGACCAACCUGCUUCUCCAGCCAUUACAACGUCUCCAUGCCAGCGGACGACUUCCCUCGGCGUCAGAUUGUGGAUGGCUCAGCACACUCAUUCGUCUACUCAACUCCAGCUCCACCCAUCCCCAGUCCUCUCCACGGUGCAGUUAA